AUGUCAUCAUCGUCGUCGUCGUCGUCGCAGAGCCGGGUCGAUGAGAUUACCAUAGCCUCCAACGAAUACCAUGUCUCGUCGUCCUUCUCGGCCGAGGCCGGACGCACAAAGUCGCAUUCGCAGUCCGUCAACCUCAAUGCCAACACGGAAGCAAAAAUCAAGAACCCACUCGUCGGCAUCCCGCGACGCACGCUGCUGGCCGACGUCGACGACUUCUGCCGCCUCAAGAACCUCGAGGACCACCGCGACAUCAUCCGCAAGGGCGCCCUCGUCGCCCAGGACCCCACGGGCUACGAGGACAUCACCGGCACCGAGGCCCUGCGCCCGGACGAGAUCGAGGCCCUGCGCAACGAGGUCCUGCACAAGUGGCGCGUUCCCUGGACGCUGCUGCUGACCGUCCUCACCUGCUCCAUCGGCGCCGCCGUCCAGGGCUGGGACCAGACCGGCUCCAACGGCGCCAACCUCGACUUCCCGGCCGCCCUCGGCAUCGCCUCCAACAGCAUCCACGACAAGCUCAUCGUCGGCCUCGUCAACGCCGCGCCCUACAUCGGCACCUCCUUUGUCGGCUGCUGGCUGUCCGACCCCCUCAACAACCACUUUGGCCGCCGCGGCGCCAUCUUCGUCGCCGCCAACUUCUGCCUGUGGCCGGUGCUGGCCAGCGCCUUUUGCAACACGUGGCAGACGCUGUUGAUAUGCCGUCUGUUUAUGGGCGUGGGCAUGGGCGCCAAGGCAUCUACUGUCCCCAUCUUUGCCGCGGAAAACUCGCCGGCCCCCAUCCGAGGCGCUCUCGUCAUGAGCUGGCAGCUGUGGAACGCCUUUGGCAUCUUCCUCGGCACCUGCGCCAACCUCGCCGUCAGGGGCAUCGGCGCCGAGGCCUGGCGCUACCAGCUGGGCUCGGCCUUCAUCCCCGCCGUGCCCCUCGUCUGCCUCGUCUACUUCUGCCCCGAGUCGCCGCGAUGGUACAUCAAGAAGAACCGGUACAGGGACGCCAUGCGGUCUCUGCUCCGCCUGCGAAACAACCCCGUCCAGGCGGGCCGCGACAUCUACUACAUUCACGUCCAGCUCGAGGUGGAGGCCGAGUUCAUGGGCUCCGGCAGCUACGUCCGUCGCUUCAUCGAGCUCUUCACCGUGCCCCGCGUCCGCCGCGCCACCCUGGCCGCCGGCGUGGUCAUGAUUGCGCAGCAAAUGUGCGGCAUCAACAUCAUGGCCUUUUACUCGUCCACCGUGUUCCAGGACGCCGGAGCCAGCUCCUUUGGCGCGCUCCUCGCCUCGUGGGGGUUCGGUCUGGUCAACUUCCUGUUCGCUUUCCCCGCCCUGUGGACGAUUGACACCUUUGGCCGGCGGUCCCUGCUCCUCUUUACCUUUCCGCAGAUGGCGUGGACGCUGCUGGCCGGAGGGCUCUGCACGCUGAUUCCCGGACAGAACGGCCUGCACCUGGGCUUCGUUGCCUUCUUCAUCUACCUGUUUGCCGCCUUUUACUCGCCCGGCGAGGGCCCCGUCCCCUUUACCUACUCGGCCGAAGUCUUUCCCCUGUCGCACCGCGAGGUGGGCAUGGCCUUUGCCGUGGCCACCUGUCUCUUCUGGGCGGCCGUGCUGUCCAUCACCUUUCCCCUGAUGCUCGACCGGCUGGGCGUCCUGGGCUCCUUUGAGCUGUACGCGCUCUUCAACGUCAUUGCGCUCAUCAUGAUUUUCCUUUGGCUGCCCGAGACGAAGCAGCGCACGCUGGAGGAGCUGGACUACAUCUUCGCCGUGCCCACGCGGGUGUUUAUGAAGUACCAGGUGACCAAGACGCUGCCGUGGUGGUGGAAGCGGUGGAUCUUGCUGCGCAAGGACGCGACGCUGGAGCCGCUGUACACGCUGGACGUGGCGGACCACGUCGACACGGACGAUGGCGAGGACAAGUUUGAGAACGACAAGGCCAAGGUCGAGCUCAAGGACAUUGUUGGGUUUGUGCCGGCGAACGUGAAUGCCAGGCCCAUGUCUUCGGAGCCUUGA